UGCCUCUCUCAUCAAUCACUCUUCUUUCAUUACUAUAAAAACCCUCAAACAUUCAUCAUCUUCACUUCAUAACUUCAUUUCAAUUUGAAAUAUCAUCUCUUCCUUAAACUUUAUUACAAUUUGCAUCAAGAGUUCUUCUACCUUAUUUAUACAUCUCAUCUCAUAUAUCACAAGCUUCCAUAACAAUGAUGAAAGUUGUGUUAAAGUUGGAAAUAAAUGAAGACAGAAUCAAGCAAAAAGCUAUGAAAGCAGUCUCUGGCAUUUCAGGGGUUGAAUCUGUUUCAAUGGACAUGAAAGACAAGAAACUAACUUUAAUAGGAGAUAUUGAUCCGGUAAAAGUAGUUGCCAAGCUAAGAAAGUUUUGUCAUGCGGAAAUAAUCUCUGUUGGAGCAGCUAAAGAGGAAAAGAAAGAAGAACCUAAAAAGAAGGAAGAUGAUAAGAAGGAUUCAACAAAAAUAAAUAUUAUUGAUCCAUUCAUGUUCUAUGGAACUCAUGGCUAUUAUAAUCAUCAGAUGAAACCACAAUACAAUCCUUAUUACGGUGCUGUUAGCGUUGAAGAGGAUCCUAAUAGCUGUGCCAUCAUCUAAGUUUUCUGUACUAUGUUUGAUAAAAAGUUAAUCUGAAAAGUUGUUGUAUA